AUGAAGAAAUAUUCAAUUUUUAUUUUUUUAUUAUUUGUUAUUUUUAAAAAAACAAAAAUUGUUGAAAGCAUUAUUCAAAAGCAAGAUGUCUACUUAGAUGAUGAAUUCAAAAGUUUUACCUAUUUUUUUGCUUCAUCACCAUCAGCUAAUUUUUUAUCUCGAAUUGUUCAUAGCGAUAACACAAGAUUUGCUCAGGUCAAAAAUAAAGCAGAUAUAUUGAGUAAAACAAUAGACAAAGCUUAUUCAAUUAAUCAAGUUUCUAAUGUAAUUAUGAGAACAUAUAUUACUCUUUUACUAUUAUUUCUAUUACCUUAUUUUUCAUAUAUUGGAAUAUUUGGUCAUACGAGAUAUCAAAUAACUUUAACUUUAUCAUCUAUAUUAGCAUAUUUUGCUCUUUUAAUUGUUUUUUUUUUAACUAAUGGAAUUCUAAACAUUGGAUAUGUCUGCUCUUUACCAUUAGUAUUUGGAUUAACGAUUUUUCAUCUAGCUAAAUCAGACUGUACAUCUAAGACAUUAUAUAAAUAUACCAGAUACAUCUUUUGUUUUAUUUCUGCUAAGUUAAUAUAUGACAUUUCAACAAAUUUAAGAGGAGAUGAGUUAAAUGCUUUCGAUUAUGGUUUUAGUGGAUUAAUUUACAUAAAUUUAUUAAAGGGAAAUAGUUAUUUGAUUUUAAAAAUAGUUCAUUUAUUGGCACUCAGUAUUGUAGCAUUAAUUAUUACUAAAUUAUUUUCUAAAUUAUUUUCAAAUAAUUCAUUACAAAGCCCUAUAUCAGUGCAAUUGGACAAAUAUAUUAUAUCAUUCUUGUGUUCACUACCUAUUGCUACGAGUUUAACUCAAAUUUUUUAUCUAAUAUAUAAAACAAUAAAUCCCAUAGAUCCUAGUAUAUUUUUUAUGAUUCCCAGUUCUAUAAAUUUUUCAUCUAAAAGUACAAUUUUUUCUUUAAUUACUUGGGUUAUAACAACAUUUAUACUAAUUGUUUUGAGAAAUAUUGUUGAAACAGAUUAUAAUAAUAUUUUGAAUAAAAUUCCAAGUAAUAUAAGUAAAUUUUUAUAA